AUGGCGCGGCCGCGGAUCGGUACGACCAGAAUCGGCAUGUCCACAGCGGAUGGCGUGCUCGUCGGCGAGGUGGCGGCCAUAACGCCGCCUGCGGUGCUCGAGACGGAGCUCCGUGCCAGGGACAUGCCGUGGGAGCUGGACCAGGUCCAGUCCUGCCCGCCGACGAGGCGGUCACGCAGAGCGUGGUCGUGCGCGACGGCAACACCACCGUUGACGACCCGCCGCGGGGAGCGGCGCGAUGCCCCAAGUUCUUCAGCGGGGGCGCGUCGGGCGUGGCGUCGCAGGAGAAGGUCGACGGCCGCUGACAGAUGGACCUGCUCAGCGACAGUGGAGCAGUUUGACAUGCUGCGCCACGUCGUGUGCCGCGUCUGGGAGGGCGAGGGCCUCGGCGCCAUGUUCGCGGAGACCGCGUCGGCGGACGCGAGCCUGGACGCGGCGGCUGCGGCGGCGGGGUGCAACGCCGUGGCCGACGUCCCGCUGCAGGCGGCUGUCUCGACGCAGGGCCCCGCGCGUAGUGCCACCGAUGGCGUCGGCGCCUGCGCGAGCGCCGACGCAGCGAAGUGGGUCCAGUCCCACACCCAGUCUCGGGAGAAGCUCCGCCGCGGCGGCACCCUCUCCCAGCAGGAGUGGCAAGCUUUCCACCAAGCCGUCGAGUCGGCUGGCCAGACGGCCAGCGAUGUGCAGGGCCAGUGCUGGCUGGGUAGCGUGGGGAUCGGUCAGUG